AUGUUAGGGCUGCGCACACCUAAUACGGUAAUCCUUCCUCCAAUCCUCCAGAUUACAGCUUCUGAAAAUAGAGAGAUUAGGGAAAUUAGCUAUGGUUCAUUGAUUCGAGGACAGGUUUCAGGUUUCGAAUGUCCAUACUUACACUAUGCGAGCAUCUAUCUCGAUCACAAUGGUGAAGUCCAAGUCGAGGCUUCGCCCUCAAUUGCUAGCUAUGGCAGCACGAUAUUCACGCCUGACGUGACCAACCGCUUCAUGAAAAUUGCGACGACGGCCCACCAAGCGAUGGUACCAUACAAUGCCGACAUCAACAAGGCACCUAGUUCGGCAUGGCCAGUGUCCGCCAAUACAUCCCAAUGGAUUGAUAGUCGCCAGCCCACGCCCGCCGACUUAAUACCAUGCGAGUGGCAGUCCCACCGUAGCCAGCGGAAACGGGGCAGUACGAAGCGAACGAGACAAUCUGUACUCCGUGUCGGCAACCGUGACCAACUUCGACGAUACUAUCUGAAAGCCUUCGAGAACUUCCAGCAGUUGAAUUGUCGAACGAUCGCCAAGUCGUGCAUUGAGCUCGUGGAACCCCGAAAGAAAGUUCAUUACCCAUACAACGGACGCAAAAUCAUUUCUGGCGCAUGGCAAAACGUCGGCCCGGAGCAGACUAAGCCGGGCUGGUGGCCUAGGGAGGUGUUACACCGAGAGCCCGAUCACCUCCUCAAACGAGACCGUCUCAAUCUCCUCGUUCAUAUUCUCUGUGAGCUCAAACAUAGCCAUGGGGUUACCGCAGAGAAGCUACGCGAUGCUUGCCAGGACGUGCGGCGCCACAUUACUCCCACAAAUCGACUCCAAAUCCUUGACGAAAUACAUUUUGUACGCAGGAUGGAGGAAAGCUAUCUCGAUGGGAAAAUAAACACAAAUACUCCUGUCCAAGUGACCCUUGCUCUUUUAUCUGAAGCUAGCUAUCAAAAUGAACCGGAUUCCCGCAUUCAUCCCACUCCCACGGCGGCACUCGGGGUCCAAAAAAAAGAAGACAAAGAUGCCAAGAGCGAGCACAAAUCAUCUUUUGAUGGCAGUAGCCAGAUGAUAUACCUUACCCACGACGAACUAGCACUAAGCCCCUCAAGGAGCAGGACUAACGGCUCUUAUAGUCCUACCCCCGCAAUGUAUCCUAUCAGCAUGGUACAGGCUGUGUCACCUCAAGAAAGUCGUACAGUUACAGGAGGCAUGCCUUCAAACCCGAAAAUUAGACCUGUCUUCUAUAUGCAGCAGGCCCUGCCAACCGCAUGGGCUCCAGCACCAUCUCCUCUCCAGCAAAUUUCGGAAUAUAGCUAUCAGGUUGACUCAAGGUUGAUGAGCGGGCACCUAUCGCCUGAAUAG